AACAAACAACUCACUUCCUACAACAACAACAACAACAGCAAGACUCGUCGGACCUACAACAACUGUCAAGCGAAGAUUUGGCGUCGGUGGGCCUUGACGUCACCCUCGCCGCCCUGCCCACCCACGAAAGCCACCCACUAACACUCGAACAGGCAGGCAAUCACCUAUACACUCUACAUACACCAAGCCACCGAGGACCCAACCUGUCCCAACCACAGUCCAUCUGGCAACCAAGUCAACCCCUCCCCCACCAAGCCAAUCACCCCUUCCCCCAGCAACCCAGCCACACCCUCCCCCAGCAACCCAGCCACACCCUCCCCCAGCAACCCAGCCACACCUUCCCCCAGCAACCUAGUCAACCAUACAGCUACAUUAGUGUCCCGGGUGUCUCCCACGGGACCGGGCAGCCACCCAGGGGCGCCUCUGUCCACUACAGAGCUCCGGCAUCGACAGAGGGCCGAGAGGGGCACACGGACUACACACCAUGUCCUAGCGGCCGUCCCGGGGGCUCCCUGGCCCUCUACACCCCGCCUAACAAGGGCGCCCUCAGAGCCAACAACCACCUCUCCAGGCUCCUCCCAUCUCCGGGCGGCAGUGGUUGGUCCACUCUCGUCAAGGGGGACGUGAAUGGUGACUCCCUCAGCCACUUACCUCCUGGGGGGUGGUCUAAGGGGGGCACAAGCGUGGACGCCCUAGACGAGUUGAAUGCAGGGAUGGGUCAAGAGCCCCCCAGAGGCCCCCCAGUGGCCCAGUUCCCCCAGAGGAAUGUUUUUAACGGCAUCUACGGCCUCCACGUCACCUUCCCCGGCCAGUCCCCCAAGCUGGUGGUGAGUGAAGAGGAGGGCGGUGGUCGUCGCCUCAACACAGAGAUGGGUCACGUGAUCACCCUGGUAGUCCGACACACAGCUGACCACACCACCGUCAUGAGGUUCUUGUUAGUGUUCUCCAAGGACUCAGAGACGUCCCAGCCCGUCCACCCCUGCAAGAAUCAUCAGGACCUAGCCCAUCCUUGGCACAUGCUGGUGGUGGAGGCAGGGGUAGGACCACCAGUAUGGGAGGAGGAGCCUCACCCCUCCCUGGUAGUCACUCCCGCACCGUCAGAUCGGGGAGAGUACACCGUCCAGCUCAAGUUCCUCUGCCGUAACUCCUGCAUCACGCGGAAGGACCUCACGCUUGUCUGCCAGCUCGAGCGAAGCGGGGUGGUAGUGGGUCGAGACUGCCUCGCGGUCAAGAUCAGCGCCUGUCCUAAACGCGACGCUAACAUCCAACACCGCAAGCACCCGCACCCGCAGCCGCAGGAACUACCCCCUAGCAAGCAUCACAGGGGAGCAGGGGAAGGACAUAGAGACAAUGCCGCCAGUACCUCUAUGGACACUUCCCUUAGUGACACAGGCGACUCUACCGACAGCAUAACCGGCAGGAGUACUACUGACGUGGCUGACGGGGCACAACAGCAGGACGUGGGCGGAGGGGGCGUGAAGGAGGCGUUGGAAGCUGCCCGCACGACCGCCCACCUCGUCUUCAUGGAACGAACCUACAAGGAACAGCAUCCCGAAGAUCACCAGGCAGCGGAGGCCGAAUUUUCACAGUGGUGGAGUACCCAGGCACCCACGUAGAGAGGGAUUUUGUUUUUUUCACAGUGAGUGGGAUCCCAUGGAGGGGGGGGGGGUCAUAUCAUCAAGGAAGGAUAUCAUCGAGAGGGCUAUUCACUGAGAGCUAGAUGGUGCUCCCCC